AUGGCAAGAGCCGAUGAUGCUCUGAUGGAAAUCAUGACUGGUCUCCUAACAGCUUAUUGUGCUCUUGGUGUUUUUGGUUUCAUUUGCAGUCUACUUAACAUACCUCUGUUGGUGACUCUUCUAGCCUCAAGAAAGCUCCGUCGUGAAGCUAAGCUGAUAAUCUGCCUUACUAUUGGCGAUUUAAUCAAUUGUUUGGCUCUGUCGUUGAUGGGAUUCGAUAGAUAUAUCCUCUUUACUCAUUCCUUACAGCUCCAGGCUGUUCCCUUACAGACAUCUUUGUCAUGUGCGAGCGGACUGUACAUUUGGCUCAGAAUAAUUGGAAAUGUUUGGCCUCCUGUAAUACAACUGAUUAUGGGAACGGAACGUGUGAUUGCAUGCAUGACACCUAUUGCCUACAUCAAAUACGUCCGUGAUAGGACACUUUAUUUAUGUGCCUUGAGCGUUUUCGCUGUUCUAUUCUUUUGUGCUGUUGGAAUAGCUUUGGCGAUCAUGAACAACGGGAAUGGUUACGUAAAGUUCGAUUGUGGCAGAAAAGUAACGUUUUCAUUAUCCUAUGCUCAAUCCAUUUACUAUUGGGAAAUGUUAGGCUAUUUCUUUGGCCUGCUGAUGAACAUUGCAGCUUAUUUGCACGCGAAAUCGAUUAUAAACACGCCAACAGUUCGAGAGCAAAUGAAGAGGAUACGAUAUGGACUAGCACUUGGAGUGCUCUCAACGGUAUUGGUGUCAAUUCCAAACGUGAAAUCGCUAAUCCUCGACCAACUCCGCUUCGCUGGAAUGGAUGAAUGGAUAUCGCAAACGUUCAACUGGGCCAGCAUUAUUAAUUCCUCGUUCAAUAUCUUUGUAUAUCUUUGGCUUUAUCGAGAUUUUCGUGAGGAGUUCGCCAGAAUAUUUCGAUGUUAG